AGCGUGAGAGGCAGCAGUAAGAGAGCAUGAGUUUCUGUGGCAAAACAGUGCCCAGUGGCUGGUUAUACCCCACUCUUAUCCUCUGCAUAUAUGGCUUUUUCACCUUUUUGAGACCUUCAGAACCAUUUCUGACCCCAUACCUCACAGGACCAGAACAUAAUCUCACUAUUGAGCAGGUGACAAACGCUGUGUUUCCAGUGUGGACGUACAGUUACCUAGCUAUUCUGAUUCCAGUUUUCCUGCUAACAGACUAUCUUAGAUACAAACCUGUCAUAAUCUUACAAGGUUUGAGCUAUAUUACAACAUGGAUCCUGCUCCUCUUUGCCCGAGGCGUGCCAGCAAUGCAAGGGAUGGAGUUUUCCUAUGGUAUGGUCACUGCUACCGAAAUAGCUUAUUAUUCCUACAUCUACAGCGUGGUCGACUCUGAACACUACCAGAGGGUCACCGGUUACUGCCGAAGCAUUACAUUGAUUGGUUACACAAUUGCUGCCGUACUUGGCCAACUCGUUGUGUCACUGGCUAAAAUAUCAUACUUCUAUCUUAAUGUGAUCUCCUUGGUUGCAGUCUCUGUGGCGUUCCUGUCUUCGCUGUUUCUCCCCAUGCCAAGCAAGAGCAUGUUCUUUCACACAAAGGCGGUGGUAGACCCAACUCAAGCAUCAUCCUCUGAAACAAAAUUACCCAAUCAGCAGGAGAUACAAUCUGACGUGACAGCUAAAACAGAGAUUGACAACAAAGAGAGCCCAAACUUUUUCAGAGUGGUUUGGCUCUUGUGCAAAGACAUAAAGGUAUGCUACUCCUCAAAGGAGCUCAUCUACUGGUCAUUGUGGUGGGCUCUUGCCACAGCUGGAUAUAACCAAGUGAUUAACUAUGUUCAAGUUUUAUGGGAGCAUGUAGCUCCUGCUCAGGAUGCAGAGGUAUACAACGGAGGAGUGGAAGCUGUGUCCACAUUUCUGGGAGCGCUGGUAUCUCUCUUAGUUGGUUACGUGAAGGUAAAUUGGAAAGUCACCGGGGAAUUAGCUCUUGCCAUCUUUUCGGCUAUGGAUGCUGGAUCCUUGUUUCUCAUGAAUUACACAACCAAUAUCUGGGUAUGCUAUACUGGAUACCUGAUUUUCAAAUCUUCCUACGUACUGCUCAUCACUAUUGCUACAUUCCAGAUAGCUAUCAAUCUAAGUAUGGAACGCUACGCUCUUAUGUUCGGGAUCAAUACGUUUGUUGCUUUGGCACUUCAGACAAUAAUAACGGUCAUAGUCGUCGAUCAGCGAGGUCUGGCACUUGGUAUUGAGACUCAGUUUUUGGUCUAUGGAAGCUACUUUACUGUUAUAGCUGUAAUUUUCUUUGUGCGAAGCCUGUAUGUCCUGAUAUCACUACGCUGCAAGGCACCGGUGGACAACACAGACAGUGAAACCAACACACAGACACAGCUCUAGGGAUCAGAAGUCAAGCCACCCUGCAUUUCAAUCGGAUUCAAUCACAAAUUCAAAGCAUAUGUGCAGUUCAGAAUUGGUGCGGGUUAUGGAACUAGAUUCAUAGUCUCCAUCUUGUACCUAGAAAGAUGACCUUAAAGGGACACCAAAAACUCCAAAAAUACUCUAGUGCUGGAGUCUUUUCAGAGACCUGUUUGUUUUUUUCAUUCACAAAAAAUUCACUUUUAUCAACUAAAUUUGUAACAUUCCCCUAGUUUUCACACUGCCAGUCCUGUUACUUCCUGGUUUGGUUAGCUCAUUGGAGCUAAACGCAAGAGACAGGCAUUUGCCCUAAAAACCUGCCUAGCAAAUACUUCUCAUUGAGUGGCAUUGGGAAGUCUGGUUUUGGACAGCCACAGAAAGCCUUGAAAGGGUUUGCAAAUGCUUCAGAGAUCUGCAUCUGUU